AUGUCGUGCUCGCCGCCCAUGCGCUGGCUCGUCAUCGCGACCCUCGUCGCCACCGCGGCGGCGGCGCCGGCCGAGGUCGACGGGCCAAGCCUGGCCCAGGCGAUGCGAGACGGCCGUCCGUUUUUCCUCAAGUUUGACACGGCGCCUUGCCAGAGGUGCAGAGAGCUCGACGGCGCGUGGGCCGAGUUGGCGGGCGAGUACCCGGGACUCAUCGGGCGCGUCGACUGCACCCGCUCGCCCGACGUCUGCGACGCGCGCCAGAUCGCGUUUGAUCCGGACGAGCCGGUGCCGACGCUCAAGUUUUGGACCGGCACCGCCUUCCGCGUCUACACGGGGCCGCACGAGAUCGAGUACUUCCGCGUGUACCUGCGGCGCAAGGUGCAGUCGGAGGAGGUGAGUGAGCGGCUCGACACCGCCCUCCGGCCCAUCUCGGCCGACGAGCUCAGCCGCGCGUGGCGCGUCGCCCCGCGCCUCGCCCUCUCGCUCGGCCGGCUGCUGGUCGCGUGCGCCGCCGCCGUCGGGCUCGCGGCGUGGCUGCUCGCUUCGCCGAGCGAGGACCCGGGCAGCGUGGUAGUGGUUGCCUGCGACGGCAAGCCCCUCCUCCCGGGCGAGCCUCCCUCCGCCUCGGGCGGGCUCUGCGCCUUCCGGCUCGACGCCGCCGCGGCGCAGCUGACACCGAUCGGCUUCCGCCCGGCGAUGAGCACGCGGCUGCUCCACCUCGCGGCCGAGGCGGCCCCGGCCUCCCUGCGGCUCGGCCGCCGGCUCGGCUGCUACAUCCUUCACGUCGCGACGGAGGCGUCCGACCCCGACGAGGAGGAGACCGCCCCGCAGCCGCGCGUGCUGUCGCUCCGCCUCGACCUGCGCCGCGCGCCCUGCUUCGACGCCGCCGGGAGCGUGGCCGUGGGGGGCGAAGGCCGCCGCGGCGCGUGCACCCACGUGAGCUGCGGCAGUCUUGGCGGCGACGCGACCGUCGCCCUCCUCUCGCACGAGUGGCUGCUGCCGCGCCGGCGGCUGCUCAAGCCGUGCCCGCGGCUGGCGCGCUCGGGCGGUCUCGUCCCCUCGUCUGCGGCCGGAGCAAGUCGCCUCCCUCUGCCGGCUGUGGCCACAUCGACGCUGCUGCCGAGGACAGGGCGGGAGAGAGGGGGCGCGACGGCGCUCCCCCUCCCGUCGGCGGCGGGAGGGUGGCGGCUGCUGCUGGGGGACGCGGCGCGAAAGACGCUGUCGGUGGUCAGCGGCGGCGGGGCGGGCGGCGGCGAGGGCGGCGGCGUGGUGCGUGUCGAGGACGGGCCGACCCACCUCGCUAGCCACCCGUCCGGCGGCGUCGCCUACGCGCUGUGCGCCGGCUCGGGCGUGCUGCUCGUGGCGGACGUCGGCCGAGACGCCGGAGGACGCGGCGCGCUCACCCUCGUUCAGCGAGUCGAGCUCGUCAACGGCGCGGACGCCGACGGCACGGACGGCUCCUCCUCCGCCGCCGGGGCGCUCGCCUGCUCCUCGGACGGCUCGUUCGUGUACGUGGCGUGCGGCGGCCACAUCUCCGCCCUCCGCACCUCGGAGGGGGGCCGCCGGCUCGAGCUCGCGCAGCGGGAGGCGCCCCCCGCCAGCGGGCCCUCCGCGCCCCCCGUCGGCCUCGCCCUCGCCGGCGGGUCGGAAGAGCUCCUCCUCUCUGCCGAGCAAGGCGCCGACCUCGUCCGCAUCUACCGGCGCGACGUCGCCUCUGGCCGGCUCGACCUCGCGGGGGAGGUUACUCGGGCGCAUAAGAAGAUGUGGUCGGCUGGCUUGCCCUUCACCGGCUGUCAUUGGCGCUGUGAGUGUGGCGCCUUCAACAAGCCCGACUGGACGCACUGCAACGCGUGCGCUCUCCUGCGGCCGCUCGGGCUGGACGGGGUGAUCCUCAGCCUGAUCACCGAGGUCUCCGUGCUGCGCUCCAGGGUCGACAAGGCGGCGGUCGAGACCAGCUCGCUGCGUUCCAAGCAGAUCUGUGCGGUCAACGAGGUCGGCCUUCUGAAGUCCAACGCGACGAAGGCGGAGGUGCGUGAGGCGGCCCUCGAGCGACGGCUCGCGGCGCUCGAGGCGGACGCGGAGGCGCGCGAGGUGGCCUUUGCGCGGCUGCUUGCGGCGGUGGAGGCGCGAGCUGCGCCGGCAGCCUCGGAGCACGAGCUCGUGGUCGGCCGCGUCAUGCUCAGCGGCUCCGGCGACGGCGCCGUGCUCAGCGGCUCCGGCGACGGCGCCGUGCUAGUUGACGGCCAAAACGACCGCCGCGAUGCUGGCGCCGCCGUGCUAGAGUCCAAGCCCGUGCCCGGCGACGGCCUCGAGCCCGACGACGGCAUCGUGCCCGCCGUCGGCAACGGCACCGAGGCUCCCCACGGCCUCACCACGCUGGUGCAGAAGGUGGAGUGGAUCAAAGUGCGGCUCCGUAUAGCUGCAGGAACUAGUGUCCUCAAGACGGUGGAGAAGGCGAACGAGCUGGUGGGGGUCGUGGCCGACGGCGGCCUCGUGCCCCAGGUGGACCGGCUGCUGUUCCUUCUGUCGUCUGGGGAAGACGCGAGCCGCGGUGUGGCGUGA